ACGAGGAAGAAACGACUACGACGACGAAGAAGAAGGCGACCAUGUUGAUUUAAAGGAGAAAAAAAACAAUAGACGCGAUUUAUUUCAAGUAUAUUUCACUUCGUAAAAGUGUUAACAACAUCUUUAAUAGCGAGCAAAGGGAAUUGUGUCUGUUUAAAAAAUAACAGCGAACUAAGGAGACUCAUUUGAGCUGUUGGCUCGCUUUUAAGUGGGAAGUCCAUUGAUCACUGUCACAUUCCCACGAGUGACACCUUGACCUCCAGACGUUCCGUGUCCAAGCAGGAAACUGUGAACUAAAAGGGGUGGAAAGCUUUCUGGCUUUGGACUUGAUUGCCCUUGUGAUAUCGGCUGGAAAUAUUCUGGGAAUAUAUAAUUUUGGGGAAAGACACAUGUACAGAGUUGGACAUAAAAUUUUUUCCCAGAAGGACAUCCAUUAAACACCGUGCACUGACGAGAAACCAGGAAACACUGUUUGGUGUCAAAACGAGUAUAUUGAACUCAAAUUAUUUGGAAGAAAAUAUCCCCCAAGUUCCGAGAUUGCCUUAGUUGUUCUAUUUCAGGACUUGAGCCACAUUUGAUACUUGUUCACAUAUAAUUUUUCUAUAUUGUGAGCAAGUAUAUUAAUGCAAAUAUCUCUUCAUUUUGAAGAGUUUCUUGUUUAUACAUUUUUUUGCGGUUCUUGUACGUCGGUCACUCUUGUUAAAGGGGACCAAACUGCAUACAUUUGUGUAUAUGUAAAUAGCAUUGGUUGAUUUGCUCAUGUAAAAAGCUGUGGACUUCAAAGAAAAUAUUGUUAAUGCUUUAUUAAUCUUUUUUUUUUACAUUUUGAGAUACAAUUUAGUAAGAAAAAUUAAAGUGGCAAAAAUUAGACAGUGAAGGAAGAUUUUGGGAGAACAUUUGCAAAAUGGCUACAGCUAGAACCGAAAAUGUCGGCCCGCUCGCCAUGGGACUGAACAAGCAGAACGGACAGAUUCGAGGACAGACCAAAGCGGCUUCUGUCCAGCCCGCAUCCGCCACUCAAGGGAAAGUGUCAGGCGCCGCUUCUCAAGAAGCUGGAGGCAUCAAGUUUGGAGAUGACUGGAAGAAAAGCUUGAAGCUUCCUCCUAAAGAUACUAGGAUCAAAACCUCUGAUGUGACUGCUACUAAGGGCAAUGAAUUUGAAGAUUACUGUCUUAAAAGAGAACUUCUGAUGGGCAUUUUUGAAAUGGGAUGGGAGAAACCAUCUCCUGUCCAGGAAGAGAGUAUCCCCAUCGCCCUGUCUGGAAGGGAUAUUUUGGCUCGGGCUAAGAAUGGAACAGGAAAAAGUGGAGCCUAUCUCAUCCCAUUGUUGGAAAGGAUAGACCUUAAAAAAGAUUAUAUACAAGCAAUGGUAGUCGUGCCGACCCGAGAGCUGGCGCUGCAGGUGAGCCAGAUCUGCAUUCAGAUCAGCAAACACUUGGGAGGAGUCAAAGUCAUGGCCACCACCGGGGGAACCAACCUCCGAGACGACAUUAUGCGCCUGGACGAAACUGUUCACGUCGUCAUCGCCACACCCGGUAGAAUUCUCGACUUGAUAAAAAAAGGCGUGGCAAAGGUGGAUCGAGUCCAGAUGAUGGUGAUGGAUGAGGCCGACAAACUGCUGUCUCAGGAUUUUGUGGUGCUCAUCGAGGAUAUUAUUAGUUUCCUGGCCAAGAACAGGCAGAUCCUGCUUUACUCAGCAACCUUCCCCAUCAGCGUGCAAAAAUUCAUGGCCAAGCACUUGCAGAAACCUUACGAGAUCAACCUGAUGGAGGAGCUGACACUGAAGGGCAUUACUCAGUAUUACGCCUAUGUGACGGAGAGACAAAAAGUGCACUGUCUUAACACACUCUUCUCCAGGCUUCAGAUCAACCAGUCCAUCAUCUUCUGUAACUCCACUCAGAGGGUCGAGCUUUUAGCCAAGAAGAUUACACAGCUAGGCUACUCGUGCUUUUACAUCCACGCUAAGAUGAUGCAGGAAUAUAGAAACCGUGUGUUUCAUGACUUCAGAAAUGGACUGUGCAGGAAUCUGGUCUGCACUGACCUCUUCACUCGGGGUAUCGACAUCCAAGCCGUCAAUGUGGUCAUCAACUUCGACUUUCCGAAAAACGCCGAAACGUACCUCCAUCGUAUCGGAAGAUCAGGGAGAUUCGGCCAUUUCGGCCUCGCCAUCAACCUGAUCACAUCCGAAGACCGCUUUAACCUGAAGACUAUAGAAGACCAACUGGUGACCGACAUCAAACCCAUCCCCGGCAGCAUUGACAAGAGUCUCUACGUGGCCGAGUUUCACUCCUCCAGCGGCGACUGCGAGGUGGAGGAAGUCCAAGAAAAAUCGGGACACCAGCAGGACAGCACCUGAAGGCGGUGAGAGGGAGCCAGCGGCAACUCUGGCUUAACCUUCGCCUCCUCCGACAUCUCAUCUCGACUUAACCUGACCACCGAAUCUUUACUCGUCCUCCGUUUUGAGUUUCUUACUCGAUUUUGGCGAAAUAUGAGCAAUUCCAUUUUCCAGGCGAGCGUCAAAACACCAGCGACGCUCACCGCUUAAGUGCCUUACUUCCUGCCACGCACAUUUUGAUUUUGUAAACAUCCAUUAUGCAAGGAAACUUAUUGGCUGCCGUCGUCAGUGACUGAAACACGAUCGUUCGCCGCUCCUAGUUCAAAUAAAUCCGGAGGUCUAUCACCGUCAAUGGCAGCCAACGAGCGAUUCGUUAGUAUUUCCACUGAUCUGGCAAAUCGAAAUUAGUUAACGUGUUAUUUCAAUUACGGGCGGCCAUUUUGUUCUGCUGCUUUGGCAGUUAACAGCUGUUUUUGCCUGGCACGGCUGCAUUUAAGAAACCUUUUUUUUGCCUUUUGUGGCAAAUUCUGUUUAAUAAAGAAGGGUUAUUUUUGUUUCUGGUUUGAAAGCAAAAUUGUAGCAUUUUUGAAGAGGCAGCUGCAACUUUUUUCAACUUCCUGAAUAAAAUUUAAUGGGAAAAAUAUACCCUAAUUUAGCAUUUUCUAUUAAAAAAAUAAGUGAAAUUUAACUCAUUGGCUGCCAUUGACGGCGAUAGACAUCCGAUCCUUAAUCGUGUUUCAGCCAAUGAGUUAACAUCACUAUUCCCCCACAAGAAAAUAAAAGUACAAUAAUUGAGUUUGGAAUAACGGGAAGACUUUUUUUUUCUUCUUUUUUGUUGUUGUUGUUGGAACAGAUUUUCAGUUUACACUGAAGCAAAACCAAAAAAAAAAUGAGUGAAUGGUCUCUUGUGAGUUCACAUCAUUUGCAUGCAGGUUCAACUCAGCUGUUCUGAACGUCAUUUUCGCACUUGCUAACAAUUUAGCUUCCAAAAAACCCGAAAUGACUCAGUUUUGUUGAGUUUUGACCCUGCGUUCAAAUGUCCGUUGUAACUUUUUCCUCUUUUUGUUGGUGAAACGCAAGUCUUAAAAUCUGAGUAAAAGGUGCGCAAAACUCUGACUUUCGAACGCUUAACGCCUAAUGACAUCUUUCCCUUUUAUCUUUUCAUUCCGUGACCUCCAGUUUGACCCAAAAUUUGCGCUACUUUCUGAGACUUGUGAAAAUUUGGCUUUAAAUUAAGUUUUCGGGUCAAAACGGACGUCAAAUUGAAUGCCGUCAAGAAUGUUGACUGUUAUUUUUGCUUUAAGUCGUCUUAAAAGACAUUUUUUUGUGUGUAUGUGCGCAAGCCUAUUGACUAUUGGGUCAAAAGUGCUUUAUUUUUUUGCCUGUUUUGGUAAAUGACAACUUAAAAAUUAAGAAACAGGCACAAAAUUACAAAUUGGAAAUCCUGCUUCAUGUUUAAUUGGGUAAUUGGAAUCUUGAAACUUUGUUAGUGGAAAAAGAAUUUGUUUCAUUUGCUGAAGCACUAAAAUGAAAAUUCGCCCCCCCCAAAAAAAGUUUCGGCUAAAUUCAGGUAAACCCUCGUGUACUACUGACAUUCAUUUUGACACUGGUAGUUAAUUGGCCUUGAUUUAAUUGUUCUAAAAAUUACAACAUAGGGAGGAAUAUUUUUAGGAAAAUUACCUCAGUUGCUAAAUUCGUCGUUCUGUUCAGUUUCGGAAGAAAUGACAAAUUUUUCAUGAGUUCUCACUCACCAACUUGGAGUUUAAAGUUUCAAAUAUUUGUUUAUAAGCCAUUGUUCCUGUUUUUCUUGCUAAGAAUGCAUUAGCAGUUAUUGGAAGUUAUUAGAAAGUUCUCCAGCAAAAUGUUCGGCAAAAAGUGUCACACUGUCCUCUACUGUUGUAAUUUGGAACUACAUGCAGGGUUUGUGAAAUUCAAUAAACUAAAUUGAAAUUUA